AUGUUCCCCGACGCUCACGCUGCCUGCCUGGAGAAAUCCACAUUUUACAUCAAGGCGACAUCUAUUAAACGGCGUGGCUUGGCAUCGUUAAGAUCAGUGCACGAACGACCUACCCUGUUCAUGUACCGUUCCCGCUUAUUGACGAGGACCAUUGUUUGCUUACAGCAUUCGUUGUUCGACCUUGUAACUGUAGAACCGUGGGCGAUGAGCCCCGUGGGCCAGAUGGACAACUACAUCCCAGCUCACUACCACGGCUUGGAAGCGCAGGAUGCCCAGCAUUCUCAGAUGGCGCAAAUGGGGAAUAACAACAUGAAAGUGGAGGAGAUGAGCCUCCACGGACACAGUCAGUAUUUGUGUGACUCCAAUGGCAUGAAGACCUUGGUGGCAACUCAGGGUGGUCCAGGUGGAGGUGGUAGCACGGGCCAACAAGUGCAAGACCCGCAGCCCAGCACCAGUCAUCCCAGGGAUAGCCAGGCAAAGCUGGGUCUGCCCAACGGCAAAAAGACCAAGGGUCGUGUCAAAAUCAAGAUGGAGUUCAUUGAUAACAAGCUUCGUCGCUACACUACAUUCUCAAAGCGAAAAACGGGCAUUAUGAAGAAGGCGUACGAGCUGUCGACGUUGACCGGCACGCAAGUCAUGCUCCUGGUGGCCAGUGAGACCGGGCAUGUGUACACGUUCGCCACGCGGAAGCUGCAGCCCAUGAUCACUUCGGACACGGGCAAGGACCUGAUCCAGAUGUGCCUCAACAGCCCGGACCCACCAGCAGACCCGCACUGCCACGCCAAUGACCCUCGUGGCCAGCCGUCGGGCUUUGAGGAAACGGACCUCACGUACUCGGUGGACGAUGAGAAAGUAAGAGCCCCUACGAGCAUUAUGUUCGGCGCCGCGCCGCCAUUGUCGCAUGCGACCCAGAUGUCACCGCCUUUGCUGCACCACCACCACCACCAUGGUGCAGCAGCUGCUGCUGCUGCUGCCCACCAUCACCACCACCAUCAUCAGCAUAGUGGUGGUGCAGGUGCUUACCACGUGCCCCCUCACCACAUCCCCGUGCACCAGCAGCAGCACCACCACCAUGCCCAGGCCGCGUAUUCCCCGCAAGGCAUGGUGUUGCAUGCUCAUCCAGGCACUGCCUCUCCCCCGGGUGCUGGUGCUGGUGCUGGGGCGCUGCUCGUGCAUACCCCGAGCAGUGGAGGAGGAGGAGGAGGGGUAUCGCCGUCCUCUACUCCAUCGCCAACUGCCGGCAUGGGCCAUCGCCUGUCCCAAUCCCAUCACAUAUCUUGUUCCGGUGCUGCCCAGCAGCACCUGGAUACCUAG